GACACACAAAACUCCGCCUUACUGGAGCAGUGACUGUUGUUUUGACUGCAACUUGAUAUGUAGUCGUCAAAUGUUAAUUUGUCCAACAAUACCUUCAUCUCCAUGAAGGUUUUAUGUCUACUUGCAAAACCGUACAUUGGAUGUUAAUAAGCUGCACGUUAAGCGACUAUCAAACCAUAGCGAGGAGUCAUGUAGAAUCGUGUGCGUGUGCCCUGCUGUGUAGACGACGUCUGCUACUGCUGCUGCGAUGACUCCAUGGACGCUGGUGUCUUUGCUGCUGUUGUUGGUGUCGGUGGUGUGGGAACGAGGUGUCGCCACAGAGCGGUUGCUUCCUUCAGAAGAGGCCUGUAAGCGGUUAUGUUGGUACCAAAAGCUUUGCAAGUCUCUGCGGUGGAACAGCUGGACUGGCGGAUGUGAAGUGUCCACUACAGAGGUGUUGAGCAGCAACCGGUCGGGCGUUGUCACGUUCACCGUAGAGGAUCUGGAGAAACACUGGGAGUUUCCCAGAAGUGGCCACCCGUGUGCUGCUCGACCAUGUCACCCGAGGUAUCUGUGUGUGCCUGUGGAGGCAGCUCUAGGCCAAGUCUGUCUUCCCACAGGACCUGCUACAGGGGCAGAGACAGAUGACCACGUGACAACGCCCACGACGUCCGAAACGCCCACAACGUCCACAACGUCCAACACCACUGAAUGCAUUGAAGUUACAUGUUUAGUGUGCUUCCUUUGUGGUAAAUCUGCCGGAUACACACAUAUUGGACUAAUUUGUUCGUGUUAUUUCAGACCUCUUGAGCACCAUACGAGGCCCCAUAAAUGCAAGAUGCAAUGCGACAUGUGACCAGGGCGAUGGUAACUUCCCAGUUUGCAAUUUGGCAGAAGUUUUCAUAACAUGUUCCAACAGUGGUGUGUCCUUCACAAGAUGUCAGGAGAAACUCAUCUUUGAUAGAAACAAGAACGCUUGUGAAAA